GCCAGUCGCUCGUGAGCUGCUCGGUACUGCGCGCCGCUCGCCGGCCGUGCCGCCGCGACUAUAAACAGAGCCAGUGCAGUGCUCCCACUCCGCGCGGCCGUGCGAGGUCAUAAUGAGUGAGCCGCCAUAUGGCCGGACCGCCGAGCGCCGGCCAGUGUGCGGGUAACGGCUGUGGGAGCGGCGCGGUGCUUCGGGCUCCUCCAGACAGGUGCGCGCUUUGUGCCGAGCGCGGCGAUCUCUGUGACGUUCUGUGACGAUCUGUGCAUUUCGUGACGCUGUGUGACGCCGCCGGAGGGCUGGUGACGAUCGUGACGUCGGUGUCAUCGUGAUCGGGACAACGCGCGUCGCCGUCGCGUCUGCCGGGGCGCGGAUGACGUCAUGGCUAACAAUGACGUCAUGCUGCGGCGAGCAGCAGGUGCGGCCGGCGAUCGGGCCGACCGGCGCUCCGUGGCCGGCGGCGAGAGCAAGUUUGUCUGGGUGGCCGUCGAGGCGCUGCCCACCUCCGACGCUGUGCAGGUGCUCCGUGGUGACUCUGCGCCAGAGCUGUGGCAAAGGGACGGUGCUGGGGAGGCUCCCGAGCCGCCCAAUGGUGACCCGACCUCCCCUGACAAGCCCCGGGCGGAUUGUGGUGACGGGAAUGGUGAAAUACUCUCAGAGGAUACAGAGCCGACCUACGCCGAGCCCCGGCUGACCCCGGCUCCGGCGGUGGGGGCAGAGACUCCCCCGCCAGCUGCCCCGCCGGGGGUGGGAGCAGGUGACCCCCCGCCAGCUGCCCCACGGGGGGUGGGAGCAGAGGUCACCCCUGCCCCGCCGCCCCCCGACCCCUCCCCCGGCACGUCAGCUGCGGUAGAAAGUCAGCAAUGUCAGGACAUGAAGGCACGCGGCCCGAACUCUGGUGAAGAGGGGAGAGGGAGCGGCGCUGACGGCGAGGUCAGCACGGCGCCUCCGGGGGCGGACUCUCCCGCUCCCGCUCCCGCCGCUGCCCCCACCAGCUCGCUCGCCCCGCCGGCGGCUCUGGACGUACUGAGCUCAGGGGCCACCUCAGAGGACGAGGAAGGGGACGAAGUAGGUCCUCUGACCGGAAUCGGAGGCCGGCCGGCGGAGGACCGCUACUCCAACUACUUCGAGGAGCGGCUGGCGCUGCUGGAUUCGGCGGGUCCGGACUCACUGGACGGGCUGCAGCUGGGGUCCGGGCGGGAUCCGGAGCCGGAGAUCAGCUCCGGACGAGUGCCGGACCCGGAGCCGGAGUAUGCGGUCCCCCAUAGUGGGGAGAGGCCCAGUCAUGUGACCCCGACAGAGGUCAGAGCGGGCGCGGCGGUGUUUCCGCCUCAUCCGCCUGCCGCCACUGAGGGCCCACCACCGCCGCCGCCGCCGCCGCCGCCGCCGCCUCCGCCGCCUCCACCGCCGCUGACGGAGACGGAGACACCGGCUAAACUGACUCUGGAUGUCGGAAAACAUCCGAUCUACGAAGACAUCGAGCCGAGCCCCGAGGAGCGGGUACGAUCUCUCGGUGAGGAGAUUUAUGACGCCAUCACGGACGCCGUUCGGCCCGUGUCCGGCACGUGGGACGAUCACACCAUCUACGAGGAUAUAGACGAGGUGGGCGGCUGCAGCGGCGACGCGGCCCGCCGGCUCGAGGCGCGUCGCGAGCUCAGCUCCGACAGCUCAUGGAGCGAAGAGUUCGAGUCCAUGUCCGAGCCCGACGACGAGCCGCGACCCACAGAAAAUUUCGGCGCCAUCAAGGGCCUCCUGCGGCGGAAGCGGCCGUCGCAGAACCAGCAGAAGCCCAAGCAGAAGAACGGCCGCGCGGCGUCCGAGCCGGUCGGACCGGCCGUCGAGCGCAAGAGUUCGCUGGAGAAGCGCGCGCCAAUGCUGCGCCGCGACUCAGAAGAAGGCGAGGGUCGCCUGAGCCGCUGGUUCUCACUCAGAAAAUCCAGCCACUAUGACAUCUCGGAACGGUCGCGCUCCCUGGCUAAGAUGACCUCGGUGACCGAGGACGCCGAGGCGGCCGAGCUGCUGUUCCACCGGCGCCACCAGCCUCCUUCGCUGCCGGCCGCGCCUGCCGGCCUCAGCGCUGAGCAACUGAAGCGUCGACACAUCGUCCAGAGCAUAGUCAGCAGCGAGAACAACUACGUGGCCUCGCUGCAAAGUCUAGUCAAUGAUUACAAGAAGGCGAUGGAGGAGGCGAACCCGCCGCUGUUGAACCCCACCAAGAUCUCCGUCAUCUUCAAGCGCGUGCCGGAGAUCCUGCAGUGCCACACCCUGUUUAGGAUCGCGCUGGCCGAGGCCGUCAAGCAGUGGGACGCGGAGGAGCGGAUCGGGGACGUGUUCGUGGCCUCCUUCUCCAAGGCCAUCGUCCUCGACAUCUACUCGGACUUCAUCAACAACUUCUCCGUUUCCAUGGAAACCAUCAAGCACGAGGCCAAGCGGAAGAGCACGUUUGCCGACUUUCUGAAGAUGCGCCAGAUCAGCUCGCCAGACCGGCUGUCUCUGUUCGGUCUGAUGGUGAAGCCCGUACAGCGGUUCCCGCAGUUCAUCCUUCUGCUGCAGGACCUGCUGAAGCACACGCCGCAGGGGCACCACGAUCGGAUGUCGCUACAACUGGCGCUGACGCAGCUCGAGUCGCUGGCAGAGAUGCUCAACGAGAGGAAACGCGAGUCGGAACAAUUCAAGGCUUUCCGAGAAACUCUGCGCCGUCUGAACGGCAAGUUCUCUAUGCGUUCUCUGGCUGACACCAACCGCUACCUGCUGCGGGAGGACAACGCCACGCGACUCGAGUUCGGCACCAACGGCACCAUCACAAAGUCCAAGAACCGGCGCCUCUUCCUGCUCAACGACUUGGUGGUGUGUGUCAGCGUGGCCGGCAAGACGGCCGAGGACGCUGCGGCACCCGACCGGCUCACGCUCAAAUGGUCUGUCCCUGUGACGGAUGUGGAGAUCCAGGAGACGAGCACCUCGCUGACUCUGAGCCACGUCAUCACUGCAACUGCGGCGCGGCCGCCGGGCGGCGCACGCGGCCCCGACGAGCCGCCGGCCGCCGGUGGGGCGGCCAACGACCUCAGCAACGUGGGCCAGCUGUGCCACAAGAUGGGCAACCUGAUGCACGACUACGAGGUGAUCUCGCGCAUCGGCGCCCUCGUCGAGACGCUCAAGGGCGAAUACCCGGGUCUCAACACGGCACUAACCUCUCAGAUCGCGGCAUCCAUCCAGCGCUCGAUCCGACAGAAGGAUGAGGAGAUCGCGUGGCUGGACGCCUGCUGCCUGCAGCUGACCGUCCGCCGAGCCGGCAAGGAGGAGCACUUCACCUUCCAGCUCGAGUCUCCGGCCAAAAAACGCGAGUGGACCACCGACUUCCGGCUGGCCCAGCUGGCGCUCGAUGGCAACAACUCUCCCGCCUGGGAUAUCCCGGAGCGCGAGCAGCGGGCCAUCACGCGAGUUCCGCUGUUCGUGAAGACGAUGCCGGUGGUGACGCCAGCCGCCGCUAUAGACGACACAGAGGUGCGCUGCGGCUGCUUCUACAGCGUCACCAUCGUGAAGCCGACCCAGCGCACUCGGCAGCAGAGCUACCUCUGGAUCUGCACCAGCGACGGCGUCAACAGCUUCGUCAUGAUCUACGCCAUGCAGCAGGUCGGGUUCCGGGACGUGCUACGUUUCGAGCUACCCGGGGAGCGGGUCACCGCCAUGGAAUAUGUGUCCGGAGAGAUGACAGAGACGGGCUGCCGCUCGGGAGCUGUCUGGAUCAGCACCGCCAGCAGCAGGCUGCUGCAGUACUCUGCCCAGGAGCCGGAGCACAGUCACCAGGUGGCCAGUGCGUCACUGCCGUCCCCGGCGCGCCGUCUAGUGCCGCACGGCGCCGCCGUGUUCGCCGCACUAGAGAACGGCGCAGUGGCGGCCAUCGAGCGAGCGUCGGACGGCGGCUGGCUGCCCGGCGAGCCGGCCCUGCUGCGGCUCGGUACGCGGCCCGUGGCCUGCCUGCUGCCCAUAGGGGGCGCCGUGUAUGCCGGCUGCGGACGGCAAGUGUCUGUCAUCGAUGCUGAGACCAGGGAGGUGGUGAAGAGCUUCACGGUGCAGGAGCACGAGUGUUCCGGUGACGUGCACCUGCUGGCACACAGCGGCAUCGGCCUGUGGAUCUCGCUGGCGCACAGUUCCACCAUCUGCCUGUACCACACGGAGACGUUCCGCCACUUGCAGGACAUCAACGUAGCCUCCAAUAUCUCGCGUGUCAUGGGCGACGGCGUGCGUCAGUCGGUGGCAGUGACGGCGCUGCUGGCCGGCCGCGGGCUGCUCUGGGUGGGCACCAGUGUCGGAGUGACGCUCACCAUCCCUCUGCCGCGGCUCGAGGGCGUGCCGAUUAUAUCCGGCCGGGGUAACAUCUCGUACCACGCGCACUGCGGACCGGUGACCUAUCUACAGGUGCUGAGCGCCCCUGCGCCGCGCGCACCGCCGCCGGCCGCCCAUCGGGAGAGUGUUAUAAUGGAGGAGGCGGCGCCCGACUCUACCGGAAGGUUGCUCGAGAAGCGGCGAUCGGAUACCAGUCUCAGCGACUCAAAGAAGAGCAUGGCGCGCCUACCGACCCGCUUUAGCAGUCCGUCUCUGCUGAGGAAGCGCUCGCGAGACCGGGACAUGAACCGGCGGCUGUCCAAGACCCUGCCGCGCGGCGUGGGUCUUCCCUCAGCCGGCAGCGUGCUGGAUGACGUGUACGGCCUCUACGGCAACCUGCUCAACUUGCCAGGCUUCGAUGAGUCGCGAGAGUUGGGUGACAUCGACUCUCAGCUGCGCAGGAGUGACCCGGAGCUGCUGGCCGGCCUGCCGCACAAGAUGGCCUCACUGGACCGGCGGCUGGAGCUGCGCGGUACCCGGCCGCGCUCACUCGACCUUUCCACGUGGUCGGUGGACUCGCGCUCCUCCGCGCACACCACCAGCUCGUCAUCAGAGGGCGAUCGAGCCCACUCGGCGCCCGCCUCGCGCGUCGCCUCGUUCCGCACGGACACAACGACCAGCGAUGGCCGGUCGGCGGGCAGCGGCAGCGGCGCUAGCGGCGACAGCGCCCGGCCCAAGGAGGAGCCGGCGCGUAGCGUGCUGACCGUGAUGGCCGGCAGGGGGUACGUCAACUGGAGCCGCGCAGAGCGGAAGAGCUCGGCGACCACCCCGCGACCACCCACCGCGCGGGACGCCCACCUGGUGCUGUGGGAGAUGAAGUUGUAGAUGUCCGCACCGGCGGACAGUGAUCUGACCUGAUAGUCCGUGCUUUCUCAGCGCAGUGCCGUGCGCUGUGGUCGUCGCCUCAUUCUUCAUGUGUCUGUCUCGGCGGCCGGUGCGCCGUCUGACUCAGUAGCCAGUUGUACAGUGAUGAACAAGUAUUCUGGAAGCGACGGAGCGAUUGUGGCCGACGUACAAUUUCAUUGUAACUCGACUUCCUCCGCUGUGAGAAUACUGUCAUGUGAUGUGAUACGUGAGAACCGGAAUAUGAUAAUAUCAUGCUAUGUUGUACGAAUGACAAUAUAUGUAUUCAGAAGAAACAGA